AUGACUAGUUCAAGUUCCUCCACACAAGACGAAGUCAUACAUUUUGAACUACACCAUCUGCGAGAUCAACUACAUGCGAUCUCACGCGAUCUCGUCGACUUCGGACCAAUCGUAUCCAAACCACCGGUUUUGGAUUCUUCCUUCGACUCGGCUAAUGUUGACAAGGAGAAAACUGAAAGCACAGCAUCCCAUGAGUCGGUGCCAGGUCUGCGAGCGUUGAGGGAUGCGGUGAAGCGCGAUCUGGACGUCCUAGAGAAAUUCCUGGCUGAUCCCAACAGCGCAUAUCUUCCGGCUCUCUCAACGAACGCGCCAUACCUCACUGCGGUGUGGAAUGAGACCUAUUACGACAGUGUGCAUCCUGCGCCAAGAACGCGAGGAUCGCAGAAGUCUCCUGGUGUCAAGAUAGACGUUGUGGCCGAGAACGGGCAUAGGUGGAUCCGCGUGAAUACCGUCAAGAACUCGCGCAUGCUUGCCGAAUUUCGCGAGCUCGACUCGUAUCUCACCGACUCAGACUCUGAGUCGGAAUCUUCCCAUUCGACAUCUUCCGGCCACCGCCCCAGUUUGGCACAGACAGAGUUCGACAACUCGUUGCUCCGCAUGGGACGUGCUCUCGUAGAGGCAGCCCAGCAAAAUUCCAUCCCGGGCACGGCCCCUCCAAAGCCACCGUCCGUUACUCUUCGCCUAACGCGGUUGGACCCGUCGCCUUCAGACCCCAAGGAGCACGACAUCCGCAUUGGGCAGACGAUUAGUGCACUUCGGGAUAUGGGACUCGAAGUCCAACUCGGCGAGCGUGACCCAAACUCUGUACCCAAGCUCAUGCCAAAAAGACGAGGCCCUUCGCGCUUAGAGCCUACCCUGAAGGUGAACCUGGACCUGUCUCUACUCAUUGCCCUGGUAUCGGACAUCACCCACGCUCCACCGCCGCACUCAGUAGAAGAGGCGGAGGCGCGCUUUGUCCCGCCGCCGUCGUACGUUGCGUGGAAACGCGAGCGUAUGGGCGCGCCGACGGAUGAGAGCGCCGCAGAGGGCUCCGCCAAGCACUCCCGCGCGCUCGCCAACCAGGCGAUCCAGGAAAGGGGGCGUGGACUUCUUCAAGAAAUGCGCGACCGCCUCCAAUCUCCGGCUUUCUGCGAGAACGUCGAGUUCUGGACAACCCCCGAGGCGCGGGACCGCUGUCUCCGGAUCGUGCUGAGCAAGAUCGGCGGUGCUGGGGAGCAGAGGCGUGUGCGUGCGCUCUUUGCAAGCCUCGUGGAACCGACAAUGAGCGGAGCGAGCGCGGAAGAAGCGUACUGGCAGGGAUCAAGGUACCCCAAGGAUUACCUCCCCUUACUGCCGAUACGCGUCUUCCCGUCGGACGAACCUCCCCAGAACGACGAGCCAGAUGAGCGGACUUCGGGGAUAACGACACUGCCGACGCGGUCCGAGUUCUCGCGCCAGCUUGCGCACACAUGCAAGGCUAUCCUCUCGGAUGGCAACGCACCGCCGUCAGGUCUACCCCCGCUACCCGUUGACGCUGAUGGCGUGGACGGCGACGGCGAGCCCAUCCCCCGUGCGGCCACGACGCGGGCGAAUCCUCGCCUGACGGCGCACACGGUGCGAAGUUUGCUGUGGGGAGCAACCAAAGGCUGGACGACCAUGACUGCCAAUCGUGCGAGCGUCAAGGCGAUCCUGCGCGAGCUCAAAACGAGGGGGCGUGCCGCGGGUUUCAGCAUCACGGCUCCAGACGGGGCAGAGAGUACGGUAGGUGUAGAGAAGGCUGCGAUCUGGGUCGUCGAUCCUAGAAGUUUGGCGGAAGGUAUGAGGUCGGACCUUCUCGUUGUAGAUGCUGCAUGA